GUUCUUCGUCUGCUCAAGUGCCAUUUACGAUCCUCAUCGCUCUGUCCACGACCAUUCAUACUCUCGCUCGCACUGUUGUCAUGCUCAGGUGCCUCACUCUCUCUGCUGUGCUCGCGGCUGUCUCUCUUUCUGCUGUCAAUGCGACGACUAUCGACCUCAAACCCAUCAAUGGCAAGACUGGUGCUUACAUGAAGGGGGCUGCGGACGCCCACCGCGCACGCGCUGCGAUCCUCAAGCGGAACGCAGGGUCUAAUGACAUCUCCAUACCCGCCACGAACCUGGAGUAUAUGCAGUACACCGCUUCAAUUGGAGUGGGGAACCCGCCUACGUACUAUGAGCUUGUCAUUGACACUGGUAGCUCAAACACCUUCGUUGGAACUGGGAAACCAUAUGUUCGCACGAAUACCAGUAUCUCGACUGGUCAGCCUGUGAACGUGACCUACGGCACGGGCUUCUUCUCUGGUUACGAGUUUUACGACCAGGUCACGAUUGCGCCCGACUUCGUGAUCACAAACCAGUCCAUAGGCAACGCCAUCAACUCCUCCUCCUUUGAAGGUGUGGAUGGCAUCAUCGGCGUCGGUCCGGUCGACCUGACGCAAUUCACCCUCGCGACCGAGCCGAAUGCGACGAUCCCGACGGUUUUGGACAACGCUCUGGCGCAAGGGCUGAUCUCCCAGCAGGUUCUGGGAGUCUCCUUUGCGCCGGCGGACUCGAACAGCUCGAUUAAUGGCAAGCUGACCUUUGGUGGCGCGGACGACGAAUUGUACUUUGGUGACAUCGCGUACACUCCGAUCACAAGCACCUUCCCGGCGAGUUUGUACUGGGGUGUCAACGUGUCUGCGACGUACGGAUUGCAGACAAUCAUCCCUGACUCAUACGCCGGUAUCGUGGACACUGGAACGACUUUGAUCUACAUCGCAGACGACUGGUAUCAAUCCUACCUAGAUGCGAUUCCGGGGUCGUAUUACGACUCGAACACCACCGGCCUCACCGUCAUCCCACACGAUCAAGCGGACUUCCUCGCGCCGUUCACCGUCAUGGUCGCCGGACAGCCACUCAUUCUCGAUGCUGCGGCACAGCUGCUUCCGAAGGACCAGAACGAGGUUUGGGGUGGCGAAAAGCACCUGCGCUACGGUUACAUUGGUCCCAUGGGCUCCGACAGUGGCAAGGGGCUCGAUUUCAUCAUCGGGCAGAAGUUCAUGGAGCGCUUCUACGCCGUGUUCGACCAAGCGAACAGCCGUGUCGGCUUCGCUUACACCAACCACACAUUCAGCUUGCCCUAGGCCGUCCUGCCUUCGUCCCGUUCCGGAGGACUAUUUCCUAAGCCACUUGAGCAGACCGGUUAUCUGCAUGCUGGGCGAUUUUGCUGUGUCAUUCGCUUUGGCCACGUUCAUUUAUAUAGCUUGUGACCUGUCGUCCUGGCUGCCAUCGCAGAUAGUACUUACCCACUCCCAAAUCUAUACAGUACAUUUGGACCAUUA